CCCAGACCCAGAGUAGAGACGCCUGGUCCAGAGCGGGGACCCCAGAUUCGGAGUCGAGAUCCCAGGUCCGGAGGAGAGAUCAUUGGUCUGGACUAGGGACCCCAACCCGGAGCAGAGGUCCGAGAGCAGAAACACCCCCUUCCCCAGCCCCCAGGCUUUGCAGCAAUGACUGGCAAAACCACAGGUCCGGUUGCAGACCCGGCUCCAGCGGCCCCGAAGGAAGAACCAGCGCCAGCCCCGGCUGCUGAACAGCCCCCGGCCACGGAGCAGCCCGCAGCCCCCACCGAAGAGCCAGCUCCCACCCCAAAGGCAGAAGCAGCUCCAGCCCCCGAAGAAGGCUCCCCGGCUCCCCCAGCUGAGCCCCAAGCCCUGGCCACUGAACCUGAGCCCAAGAAGCCUAAAGCAGAGCCUCCGAGCUCCCCCUUGUCCUUGGCUGUGGAAGAAGUGAGUGAAAAUUCGGUUACGCUGACCUGGAAAGUCCCGGAGCAGACUGGUCGCUUGGGCCUGGAUGGAUACGUGGUGGAGUUCUGCAAAGAUGGAACUACAGACUGGAUUGCUGCGAACCAGGAGCCUUUUCUUUCCACACGGUACACAAUCCAGAACCUCAGCUCUGGAGAGAAGAUCCAUGUCCGUGUGAAGGCCGUGAAUGCCAAUGGAGCCAGUGUCCCAGCCACCCUGGAGCAGCCAGUCCUCAUCAGAGAGAUCCUCCAGCUCCCGAGGAUCCGCGUACCCCGUCACCUGCGGCAGACUUACGUCAGGCACGUUGGGGAUGCUGUGAACCUGAUGAUCCCUUUCCAGGGAAAGCCACAACCCCAGGUGAUCUGGACCAAGGACGGCCAGCCCCUAGACACCAAGCGCAUCAACAUCCGCAAUGGGGAGAAGGACACAAUCUUUUUCAUCCGUGAGGCGCAGCGCAGUGACUCUGGCAAGUACCAGCUCACCAUCCGGAUAAAUGGAGCGGAGGACAAAGCCACCGUGGAGAUCCAAGUGAUUGAGCCACCAGGCCCCCCCCAGAACCUGAAGCUGGUGGAUGUGUGGGGCUUUAACGUGGCCCUGGAGUGGACUCCCCCGGCGGACAACGGGAACUCCGAGAUCAAAGGUUACACGGUGCAGAAGUCAGACAAGAAGAGUGGGAAAUGGUUCACGGUGCUGGAGCGCUGCACUCGCACCAGCUGCACCAUCUCUGACCUCAUCAUGGGCAAUACCUACUCCUUCCGUGUGUUCGCGGAGAAUGCCGGUGGGCUGAGCGAGAAAGCAGCCGUCACCUCCAGCGUAGCCCACAUCACAAAGACAAAAACUGUUUACCAGCCUGAGAAGAUCCCCCACCGAGACAUGAUGGAGCCCCCAAAGUUCACCCAGCCCCUUACAGACCGAACCACCACCCGGGGCUACAGCACGCACCUCUUCUGCUCUGUCCGAGGCUUCCCCCAGCCCAAAAUCAUCUGGAUGAAAAAUCAGAUGGAAAUACGGGAAGACCCCAAGUACAUAGCGAUGAUUGAGCAGGGCGUCUGCUCCCUGGAAAUCCGCAAGCCCAGCCCUUUCGACGGGGGCGUCUACACCUGCAAAGCUGUGAACCCCUUAGGGGAAGCCUCGGUAGACUGCAAACUUGAUGUGAAAGUGCCCCAGUGAGGAUAACUCAGAGCGCGAGAUGAAGAGUGAGGUGGAUGCUGCAGCUCACAGCCCAGCCGCCGUUUGGUAUUGUAGCACGAGGUGAUGCUCCUGCCAUGGCCUCUGGGCCUGCUCCCUCCCUGGCAGUGCACCUAGGUGGCCCAUGUGUCCGCCCUGCCACGACACAGUCCUUCCUGGUUAUGUCCUUAGCUGUGACAAUAAAUCCAUUUGAGGAGAUGCUGGUCCUCCUUAAAAACA